GUGUUAUCAAGUCCCAAAGUCCGUUUUAAUUCUCUCAUCACUCUUACUUUGAAUGUUGUUGUGUUAACUAGCGGACAUCUGGAGGGUAUUCUUUCCUCUUGUUCCAACCUUCAGAGGUUAACUAUUGUGUGCUGUAAACUUCCCUAUAAGCUACGACUCACUGGUACAUUAAUGGUUGUUGUUAUUUGGGAUUGUAUCGUAGUGAAAGAAAUUGAUCUUCAUGCUGCACAUCUUCGUAUGCUUGAGUACAAGAUUUAUAACAAGGUAAGAUUUUUUUUCUCAUUUGUGCCCGUGCUGGAAAAUGUAAUGGUUUGGGGUAACCUUUGGUAUUCAUCAUAUUUAUACGUAUUUGGUGACUGUGCAAGAGAUUUACCUGAUCAGGUUAAAUCUUUAACCCUCCAAUUUACUCCUGAUCAGAUAUAUCCUUCAUUUGAGAACCCAACAGAGAUGCAGAUGUUCAGAAACCUUAGGAACUUAAGCUUGAAACUUGUGACCCGUCUUGCGAUUGUAGAGAUAUUUGAUCUAUCCAGACUCUUGGGUGAUUUUCCUGUGCCCCAAUCUUUGAAUUUUGUGGUGAUUAAGCUUCCGACAACAAGGGAGAGAAGGCGGCCUCCUCCAUCUCCUACACGUCACACUGAACUAAAACAAGUGACAUACGGUGGAUUUAAUGGAUUAGAUACUGAGAUGGAAUUUGUUCUUUACAUUCUAAGAUGUGCAGCAGUACUUGAGCAGAUGUUUCUCAGCCCUGGAUACAAGAGUGAGUUCUUUAUAGAUCGGAAUUCGGUAUCGAACCUUUCAUUCGAUGAAGAAAAACGCAACUUAAUCCAACAGAGACUGCAUGGACAAGCUAUCCCUGGGAAAGCUACGGUGAUCAUCCAAUAAGAUAUUGGACAAAUACUCUAUUGGAAAAGGAUUAGCGUACACGCUACUUUUCGAGACCUUACAUUUACUAUAGUAGAGCUCUUUAGUCAUUAGGGAUAUUUGUUAUUAAGUACUGUUACUUUUUAAGGAUUGUGUACAUUCUACGCUUCUUAAAUGCAACUUGGUUAUGGUGCCUCA